CCACUACUGUCAUCCACUAAGUCGAACUCAAUAACUAUUUUAAUAACUGCAACUUUUUCCGUGCAUCCCGACCGACUCUACCCAAACACUUCCAGUCGACAAUUAUGCCUUCCUUCAGCUUCUCCUCGACGGCCUUCUCCUCCAGCGAGACCCGAAACGGCAGCACGACCACCCACUCCUACACCGAGGAGCGGCGCUCAGAUCCAAGCGGAACUACGGUGCGCACCACGACCCAGAAUGACCCCGACGCACCCCCAGUACAAGAGGUGCGGUACUUUGAUGCCGGGGGGCAUGAGGUCCCUGCGGAGAGAGCCGCCCACAGGGGCCUUGGCGGUGCCACCCCGUCCCGUGACAGCAGCAGACGCAUCGAGGAUGUGAGCGACCGCGAGAAACCAGAGAGUGAGGUUGAUCGCCUGUACCGGGAGCGGAUGGAGGACGAGUAUGCGAAGAGGGAGGGUGGUGCUUGAUUCAUGUGCCCUGGAGCGUCGAAGUUGGAAGCAGGCAAGAAUUGAUUGGGCGCUGAUGAGCUGUGAUGAGGCGGUUAUAGCGUCAUGGAGACACAGAUCAGGUGUGGGACACUGGCGAGAUGUCGCAAAAGGGUCGGAAGGGCGCCGGCUGCGCGAUAGGAAGGGCCAGAGACUGACGAGAGAUUGAUGAGUCCAUGGGGAAGAAUUACAGCAACCGCAACGUUCCAUGGCAUGUCGUGCCUGGUGUCCCUUUGAGUUACUGGAUUUGCUACUUUGCACUGUUGGGAAUUAUCUCGGAGCCCACAUCAACGGUCCAAGGCCUGGCGGCAACUGUCCAAAGUUCACCGCAAGGCACAUUGUAUCAGGGCACAGAGUAGUCACAAGAGAAUUGAUUACCAAUAUUAAGUCG